GUAUUUACGUAAGGUUUCAUGCAUAACUAUAUUUCUGCCAACAUCUCCAUUCUUCUCGCAAACUCGCCUCCACCACUCACAAUACAUAGACCCAACGCAUCCCGCCCAUCAACACAUUUCCCAUCCACUCAUUCUUCUCUUCCUCGCCGUCAGCGUGAGCACAUUUUCGGCAUCCAGUAAUUUCUUACUGUCACCGAAACAUCACUACAUUUUGAUGGCUUCUCACCGCCCUCCGUCGCCGAGGCCUGGCCCCACGCCUGGCUCUCUCCCUGCUUCGUGCUGCUCCCCUCCCGCCGAAAUGGACUCCCGCCUUGUUACAGAGGAAAAUAUGGUCCCGCGCCCUCAUUUUGUUCUAUCACGGGCGCUUAGGCAUACACCGGAUAGGCGGCCCACCAAAUUGCCCAAUUCCUUCCUAAAUUGCAUUCCAAACGUGGGCUGUAAAAAUGUCAAUAAUGCCACUUAUCUCUCGCCCCGCCCCUCGCGUGGAGUUGCUGCCUCGUCCAUAACUUGCUUAUUUAUGUGCUGUUUGAUUGCUCCACCUGAUUGGCGGAAUCUUUGUUUAUGCAUUUGAGAUCUUUAGUAUUUCCAAGGAAUUGUUAGAAACGCGAUGAACGUGAUGUAGGUCGUUCAUUUAACGUAUGUAAGUGGCGGCGUUCCGGCGCGGGGCGAGGAGCAGCGGGGACGUCCCUCCAGCGUGAGAACACCAAUGUGGAUGCUGCGCUUCACGCGUCCUCAGCCAAUCAUCGCCUUGGGUACGGCCUUCAAAUAUUCACUUAUUGCAUCAAUAUUAAGCACAAUAACAUGCAUUUACAUAUUUGUGAAGUAAUAGACACGAAAGUAAACAUUGUUACAAAUAACCAUAUAGUGUUAUAUCGUGCUUCCUCUCCACAACUUUUGAGAGAAAAAAAGAUUUAAUGCGCGGCGCCGCAGACUCUCGGCACCUCGAGUCGGGGGUCGCCCGAGGGGCAAGAGAAAUGAUGCCGCAGAUCAGUCGACAAAUUGGUCGGUGCUAGACAGUCUGGCACAGCAUCUUCCCAGCGUGAUCACACCGUUCCCACGCCUCCAACCCGCCACAGUUUUACAGCAGGUGGUUAAUUUCCUUGAUUAAUGAUGUUGAAUGAGACUGUGAGCUGCUGAAACAAAGUGAAGCUUAAUCUGGGAUUUCGUCGCUGCUACCGAAGACCACACCUCCGAGGGCUGCUCUGCACCAGACAGCAGGAUGACUAUGGAUCUCAUGUCCAGCGAGGCGCCCCCUCAAGAUGCUCUCCCUGGGCGCGGGUGGCUUGGCCAAGGACACGGCAGCCCUGCUGGAGGAUAGGACGCCCACAACGCCCGAGGGUUUGUGGCGAGCCUUCCUGCAGGGGUCCCACCACCAUCACCACCACCACCUUCACCACCCACCGCCCACCUCCGUCGCCCACAGAAUGGAUCCUAUAGAUCGGCCGCUGUCCCCCGAGUCCCCAGGCCCGCUGCUUCCUCCUCCUCCUGGUCUUGGCGGAAGGUCGUCCCCGCCCUCGCCGCCCUCUGCUCUCCCGGCCUCCUGCGACGCCUCAGGUGGUGAGGACGGCAUAAUCACCAAGGCCCGCAGCUCCUUGGCUACAGGAACGGGUGGUGCAGGAGGAUUACAGCAGACAUCACAGCAGCAACAGCAACAGCAGCAGCAACAGCAGCAACAGCAAAAUCAACAGACACCAUCGCAGCAACAGCAACAACAGCAACAGCAACAACAGGCAGCAGCACAAUCAGCGACGGAGAUCAGGCGGUACAGAACAGCCUUCACCAGGGAGCAGAUCGGUCGUCUCGAGAAGGAGUUUUACAAAGAAAAUUACGUGAGUCGACCACGGCGUUGCGAGCUGGCCCAGGAGCUGAACCUUCCCGAGUCAACCAUCAAGGUGUGGUUUCAGAACCGUCGAAUGAAGGACAAGCGGCAGCGCCUGGCCCUGGCUUGGCCUUACGCCGAUCCCGCCCUAGCCGCCUACCUGCUGCACGCCGCCGCCGCCACGGGAGCUUACCCGCCCUACUUGCCGCCAACGCUUGGGCACGCCGCUCCCUGGGCCGCCGCAGCAGCCGCUGCAGCACAAGUAGGGGGCACACCUCCCCUCGGCUAUACGAGUAGCGUACCCUCACACAACCCCGCGCUGGCUCGCUUUGCUCCAUACCCUCGCCCUCAUCCAGGCCUCCUAGCUUCUCCUUACCUCAGACCAGGAGAACUACGCCCUCAUGAAGUCCCUACAGCUUUGUCUUCCUCUCCCAUCACCCCCACGCCCGUCUCGCCACGCCCACUCGUCGGAGGUCAUCUGGCAACCUGCCCUUUGAGGGACUCUCCUAAAGUAGGGAGCGAUUCUUGUGUGUGUGGUCUGCUUUAUCCCAGCCUGCCCAUCUCACACGCCCUCACGCCGACUCUCGAGCCUCUGCCCAUCACCACCUCUCCACCUGUCACAGCAAGCACGACCCUCACGCCCACCGCCUCGCUGCCUACAAGCGAAGCCGCUGGAGGCCGCACAUCACCUUCUCACAAGACCAUCUCAACGCCUUCACUCUUCCAACCAUACAGAGAUGAUCCGUGAGUGUACAAGUACUCAUUUUCUGGACGGUACUAACUCUUAUCCCGCAACCUUAGUUGCUGUGAUGAGCGUUUCCUUGCCACGAGCAAGCUGUUGACGGAGAAAGAACGUUUUUCAUUCAUAAAAAGUAAGCAGAAUAUUUGUAGUAUUUGUAUAUUACUUGCGUACUGAUCGGCUAAGACGAAAGUAGGACAACUCCACACCAAGGAUUUAUAAAUGAAGGACAAAAUGAGACAGCCAUGUAUAUCCCGCACCGCCUGUGACCCGCCCCGCCAGUGUCUGCAAGGUGCAUCAUCAUGUUCCUUUUAUUUUCCCUGUGAUAUUUAUACUUAGCAUAGAGCCAUUCGCUUCCCGAACCCGCCAACGCUGCCCCUCAUCCGCAGAGCUCCGUUUGUGUGUGUGUGUGUGUGUGUGUGUGUGUGUGUGUGUUUGUGAUUUCAUGUUUGUGUGUAUCUUUUUUUUUGUUUUUCGUGUGUGCGUUAGUGUGUAGAUAAUAAAAUUCGUGUUGA